AUGUACAUUCCAAAACACUACCGCGAGGACGAUUGGGAACAAGCUGAAUACCUCAUCAAGACAUACCCUUUGGGAACACUAAUCACCACCGACUCAACAGGCGGCAUCAUCGCAAACCACAUCCCUUUCUACCUCACAAAAACCGCUGAGGGAAACCACAAGCUAAUAGCACACGUAGCCAAGUCCAACCACCAGAUCCCAAGCUUGACUGCAAACUCCAAUGUGUUGAUCGUGUUCCAAUCGGUAAACUCGUAUAUCACCCCCGACUACUACCCAGGUAAGCAAGAGACCCACAAGUACGUGCCAACAUGGAACUUUGCCAGCGUCCACUUGCACGGGAGUUCGAAAAUCGUCGAUGAUGUCGACUUUGUUAGAAACCAAUUGGACCAUUUAACGGAGCAGGAAGAGCUGGUCCAGAAAAAGGAUGGCCGCAAGCAGUGGAAAGUCAGCGAUGCGCCUGAAAAUUACGUCAAGAUCUUGCAGAAGGCCAUCACGGGGUUGGAAAUCUCCAUCGACUCGUUUGAGUGCAAGUACAAGUUUGAUCAAGCGAUGAGGAAAGCCGAUGUCGAUGGUACGAUCGAGGGUUUGGCUCAGGAUGGGAAGGUGGAGAUUUCCCAGUUGGCCAAGGAGACUAACGCGAGAGCAGAUGCAAAGAAAGCUGAAAAGAAAGCACAAGAGGCAAGCUGA